AUGAGCAGGUCUGAUGAUCCUCUGACCUUUCUGCAUAAACGUCAUGUUUACAGCUUGCAGUACAAGGACACUCCAUUUCGUAUGCUCACUGGCGAUGGUGAAGUCGUCGUGUUGCCGACCAAGUAUCUAGAGGAGCUGAAACACCUCCCGCCAUCUAUCCUCAGUUCGUUUGAGGCACAAUUUGAGAUUGCACUGGGCGACUAUACAAAUCUUUUGAUAAGCAGUCACCUACCAUCUCAAACAGUCAAACGAUGUCUGACCCCUCGACUGCGUCGAGUUAUACCAUGGAUUAUAAAUGAGCUUGGUGAUGCAUUCAAUGCAGCGGUGCCAAAGUGCGAUGAGGUAUGGGUUCCGCUUCGGCCACACGAAAUGUUUGUGCACCUCAUUACUCGAGCGACAUCUCGUAUUGCGGGUGGCGACACACUACGUCGCAACGAAGAAUGGAUGACCACAGCAGGCAGCUACUCGGCUAAUGUAGGAUUGACAAUUCUUCUUCUCCGCCCGUUCCCAAAUUUCCUUCGCCCCUUUGUCGCACAAUUUCUCUCACCAGUGCGGCAGAUGAAACGGCAGGUUGGGUGUGUCAAGAAACUCUUUGCACCGAUGGUCGAACAACGCCGGGCAGCAGAGGCGCUCAACGACCCUAACUACAAGAAACCAGAUGAUUUUCUCCAAUGGAUGAUGGAUGGCGUAGAAGAUGAAGAGGACUUUGAUCCUGAGAUACUUGCGCAUCACAUGCUUGUCUUGACGAGUAUGGCGGUCAUACAUACGAGUUCAAUCACACUGACCCAGGCUCUCUAUGAUUUGAUCGCCAGGCCAGAAUAUCUCGAGCCUCUGCGCGAGGAGAUCCAAGUGACGUUUCAAAAUGGGUGGGAGAACGCAACAAAGGCAUCAUUAGAUGCACAGCGGCGUCUGGAUAGCUUCAUGCGCGAGUCGCAGCGUUUCAGUUCGAUAGGCGACUUGUCUAUGCACCGUAUAGUUAAGGAGCCUUUGACACUUUCAGAUGGACUGAUCAUCCCAGAAGGCACGCACAUCUGCUUUCCAGCGGGUCCAAUGUCGAGAGAUCCGUCUCUCGUCACCAAUGCUUCUGCUUUCGACGGAUUUCGGUGGUGUCAAGACACAAAUGACCGCCGCAAUGCUCUGAAGUCUGGCAAGCAUAACACAGCCAUGAAUGGCAUGGAUGACGUAAACUCACAGGGCGCUCCGCUGACUUCGACAACAUCAACCAGCUACAUCUCUCUCAGCCCCAGUGCAAUGCACUUCGGCUAUGGGCGUCAGGCCUGUCCAGGUCGUUUCUUUGCAUCAUGUAUGAUCAAAGCGAUUCUGAGUCGGAUUUUGAUGGACUACGACUUUAAGUUCGAGAAUAGUCAGACUGGAUGGAGGCCUGCUAACAUCUAUGUUGGGGAGCACAUCCUUCCAAACAUGCAUCUGAUGGUGUUGUUUCGGAAAAGGAAACUUGACCUUUGA